UGUUUUACUCCUUAAAGGUCUUAAAGAUAUUAAUAUUGCUCAUUACUCUUUGACUUUUCAUGAACGAAUAACUAGCCAAUUUUCCAAUCGUCAAUCUAAACCUUGGCAUAUUGCAACAAAAUUAUUUCGUGAUAAUAAAACUGCGGCUGCUGGAACACCAAAACUUAUUCAUUCUUUAGUAUUUAGUCACGAUAAUGGUAAAGUUUAUUGCCUUGCCGAUGAUGUAAUGAUCGAAGCUGAACAUGAGUUAGAAACUAUUUUAUCAAAAUUGAAAAAUUUAUGGGUUAUUAAAAAGGAUGUAAAAUUUGAGGGAUUUUCUUACAACAUUGGUGACUUUAUGGUUCGAACUAUUGAUGUCAGGCAUAAAGGAAUUCUCGUUGAAAGGGAUUUGGGGUUUCGUCAGGGAUUUGUUUUUCGUCUUUCGCCACUUUUAGGUUUCAACUUUCGUCAUUACGUAGAAAAGGUUUCACACAACAAUUAUAAAUCAAGAAUUCGAACUUUAUUCAAUGAUCACUCACAAAUAUCCUCGCGUCCACCUAAGCUCCUACCAUAUCCGCAAUAUAGACGAGUUAAAAGAGUCCCACCUUUUUACAAAAAAAAAAAAUUUUGGAUAUAUUCUGGUGGAAUAGGAAUUCUUUUUACAGUAUAUUAUGUAAACCAUUUAGAAGUCGUGCCAAUAAGUAAUCGGCGACGAUUUAUGGAUGUAACCCCUAAGCAAGAAGCAAAAUUAGCACAACAAGCAUACUCGGAAAUAAUGAGGCGGUAUCGACAUAAUAUUUUGCCAAGCUGGGAUCAUCGUACAAGAUUUGUAAGAACUGUUGCUCAGCAAAUUAUAAGAGUUAGUGGAAUGGAAG